GACGCAUUCCCGGACGUUCACGUGAGCCGGUCAGACUUUCUUAUGCCCAUCCUCCUACAACGAAAAAAAAACAAAGGCUUACGUGAUCUCUGAUACCAAUCUCUCUCUCUCUCUCCUCUUCUUCUUCUGUUAUCCAUAAUAUUCGUCUAUAUAGCUGUUCACUACUGAUGCUGUGAUUCCUCUUCUUUUCUCGUUUGUUGAGUCUUCGACUUGGCAAAAGAGAGGAGGCUAGUAGAAGGAUGGUUGCUGCGGGAGUAACAAGGCAGGCGGACUCUGAGGACGGUAAUGUUUUCGUUUGUGGGGAGUCCUCAAAUCCUCAGAGCAAUGGCUGCUGCUGUCGUGGGAAGGGUCCCGGAUUCGCCUCUCCGAUCGAGGCCAUGUCUGGGCCUCGAGAGGCCCUUCUCUAUGUCACCGCUGUUUAUACAGGAACUGGCAGAAACAAGCCUGAUUACCUUGCUACAGUUGAUGUGGAUCCUAAGUCGCCUACAUAUUCUAAGGUGAUACACAGGUUGCCUGUUCCUUAUAUGGGUGACGAAUUGCAUCAUUCUGGCUGGAACGCCUGCAGCUCUUGCUAUGGAGAUCCAGGUGCAGAAAGGCGUUACUUGGUCCUGCCAUCCCUGUUGUCUGGUCGCAUUUAUGUGGUUGAUACAGUAACAAAUCCUAGAGCGCCCUCUCUUAAAAAAACAGUUGAGCCUGCAGAUAUAGUGCAGAAGACUGGGUUGUCAUUUGCUCAUACUUCUCAUUGCCUUGCUUCUGGUGAUGUUAUGAUUUCCUGUCUUGGAGAUAAGGAUGGGAAUGCAAAUGGGAAUGGGUUUCUUCUUCUUGACUCAGAGUUCAAUGUGAAGGGAAGAUGGGAGAAACCUGGUAAUAGUCCUCUAUUUGGAUAUGACUUCUGGUAUCAGCCACAACACAAGACCAUGAUUAGUUCAUCAUGGGGAGCACCAAAAGCUUUUACAAAAGGAUUCAGUCUCCAACAUGUAGAAGAUGGUCUUUAUGGAAGACAUCUACAUGUAUACAGCUGGCCCGAUGGUGAAUUGAAACAGACAUUGGACCUUGGUAACUCAGGUCUCCUACCUUUGGAGAUUCGUUUUCUUCAUGACCCUUCAAAAGAUACAGGUUAUGUUGGGGCUGCAUUAAGCAGCAACAUGGUUAGGUUUUUCCAGACUCCAAGUGGAUCGUGGAGCCAUGAGGUUGCAAUAUCAGUGACACCUUUGAAGGUUCGGAAUUGGAUUCUUCCCAACAUGCCUGGACUUAUAACGGAUUUCCUUAUCUCACUGGAUGAUCGCUUCCUUUACUUCUCAAACUGGCUUCAUGGUGAUGUGAGGCAGUACAACAUUGAGGACCCUUCAAAGCCUGUUUUGACUGGACAACUAUGGGUUGGUGGACUCAUUCAGAAGGGAAGCCAGAUAGUUGCAGUAUCUGAAGAUGGGGUGGAGUCUCAGUUUGAUGUUCCAGAAGUAAAAGGAAACAGACUCAGAGGUGGGCCUCAAAUGAUCCAGUUGAGCUUGGAUGGUAAGAGAUUGUACGUGACUAACUCGCUCUUUAGCACAUGGGAUCGGCAAUUCUAUCCAGAGAUCUUGGAGGAGGGUGCACAUAUGCUGCAGAUUGACGUUGACACAGAGAAGGGUGGAUUGAAGCUGAAUCCAAACUUCUUUGUAGAUUUUGGGCUUGAACCUGAUGGUCCUUCACUUGCUCAUGAGAUGAGAUACCCUGGAGGCGACUGCACUUCUGACAUUUGGAUUUGAUAGCAGGAGAUGGGAACACAAUCUAGAUAGAAUCGGUUAUCUGUAUAAGUUGGUCAAGCAAGAUAGUUUAUUUGAGGUAGAGAACAUCAUUUCCUUCAUGUAAUAAACCAAUAAUUGCUCUAGUAUACAUGCAGCUGAUUAUUUCCCA